AUGAAUAUUAUACCAGGCAUAAUUGUUACAGAAUCAUGUACCGUAUCAAUAUUACCAGCACUUUUUUAUAUUCUUAUAUGUCUUAAAACAAAAGCAGAUACACAAAUUACAAUUGGUGCUAUUAUGACUGCUAUUUAUGCAUUGGUUAUGUCAAUGAUUCAAGUGCUGUUUUUUUUACCAAGUGUUGCAGCUACAUUUAUUGUUACUGAUCGUCUACAUCGAAAUGAAAUGUUUAAUUUACUUCAUGGUUUUCUUUAUCUUAUUAGAAUUCCUGGUGAUUAUCUUCUUGUUACUUAUGCUUUAUGUAAUUAA